CUACCUGUACUUAGGCACACAAUCAUUAGAAUCGCACAAAACAACAGCUCCAGAACCUUCAUCAGUUCAAUUCGCGAGUCUGCUGACGACAAACUUAAAAAUGAGGGCCUUCUUUGUCUUAAUAAUGCUAAGUUCGGUUUCACUCAGUGCAAAAUUGCCUGAAGGCACCAGAACCUGCCACAAAUCCGACCCCAACUUCGACGUUUGCCUAAGAGACGCGAUGACAGACGGCAUGAAAAGGUUCGCCAGAGGUUACAAACCAUUGGGGGUUCCGGUGUUAGAUCCCAUAGCAAUCACGGAACUGACCAGCGACAACGGCGGCUUCAAACAGACCUACAAAGACGUUAAAAUAUCGGCGUUGGGCGACACAAAGUGCACCAACCUGAAGAUCGACUGGGACAAACUGGAGAUUGAUAUCGAAACUUUAACAACACACUCUGUCUUGAGCGCUGAUUACUCGUUCAAGGGACAACUACUGACUUUUCCCAUAGACAGUGCUGGUAAAUGCCAGAUAGUGAUGGACGACGUCACCAGCUUGCACCACCUCACACUGGAAAGGUUCCAGAAAAACGGCAAGAACUACCUGAGGGUCUUAACGUGGAAGCUGCAGAACAAACCCAAAGCCGUCCAUUACGAUUUCGAGAACCUUGUACCAGGCAACGAACAACUGUCCAAAACGAUCCUCAAGACUCUCAACGAUAACGCCAUCGAAAUUUUCGCAGAACUUGGAUCCACCUUCGAAGAGGCUUACGGAGAAGUUCAUAAGUCUGUGGCCAAUAAAGUCUUCGAGAAGAUACCGGAAAACGACAUAUUCUUGCCAUGAACCGGGAUUAUGAAAUAAACGGGUUGAAUUUGUAGACUUCUCAUCAAUAUAUUGUUUCGGCAU